AGGACUGUAGUGCGGCUGUUGGAGACACACGCAUAAGUGACGAGACGUAUUUAACAAAAGGAAAAUGGUCCGUACGAUUAAGGAUAAGGCUGAGUUUGACCAGGCGCUCCAAGAUGCCGGGAUCAAACUGGUGGUGGUAGAUUUUACUGCCACAUGGUGUGGCCCCUGCAGGAAAAUCGGACCCUAUUUCACGAAACUCUCUGAAAUGCCAGAAUUCCAGGAUGUGAUCUUUCUGAAGGUCGAUGUGGAUGAUGCGCAGGAGGUGGCCACCUCCUGCGAAGUAAGAUGCAUGCCGACAUUCCAGUACUACAAAAACAGAGCGAAGGUACACGAAUUUUCGGGGGCAGACGAACAACAGCUGCUGGCGAAUCUGGAAAAAUUUAAGUGAAGAGCCUUCAUGAUGGUCAUGACACAGCCCUCAUUUCUGCACCACACUAAUUUGCCUUCAGAACUAUAUGGUGUAAGAUGAGUGUAAUAAACUGUUUUGUUAACUAA